AUGCCAGAAUGGGUAGAAUGGCUGCCAAGUCCGGGUAGAGGUCAAUGUCCAGACUUUCCUCGUCUCGAGAAGCUGGUUUUACAGAGUUGUCCGAAGCUGAGGGGAAACUUGCCGGAUUAUCUUCCUCGCUUGAAAAAACUUCAAGUGUCCGACUGCGGGGUUCUGCAUGAAGGGGCUACUAGGAGUAGGUGGAUACCCUGGUCUCUCAUUGUUAACGCGGAAUCCUUGCGACAAUCUCUUCAGGAUCUGAAAAUAAAUGGAUGCCCUGGUCUCUCGUCGUUACUAGAGACGGAGACGCUGUCCUCGCUUUCCAUGCUUGAUAUUCAAAUUUUUAGUCGCACAGAUUGCUUGCAGCCGCACUUGAGCAGUCGUCUUCAAAAAUUGACUCUCCAUUAUUGCGGGUCCCUCCUGUCGUUCCCUAGAAAUGGUCUACCCACUUCGUUGACAUAUCUUUGUAUAACAAGUUGCAGGAGAUUAGAAUUCCUAUCUCAUGAGAUGAUGGCCCAAUUGACAUCCCUUCGACGUUUCGAAUUAUUUUGGAGCUGUGAUUCACUGAGGUCCUUCCCGCUGGGCGUUUUCCCCAAACUUUCAUCUCUUCAGAUCUGGGGCAUUAAAAAUCUAGAAUCCCUUUCCAUUGGAGAAGGAGCUGAUGUUGAAAAUCUCACUCAUCUCGAUUCUCUCUCUAUCCAUCAUUGUCCAAAUCUGGUCUCUUUUGCCCACGGGGGGUUGCCCACUCCCAACCUGUCUAGUUUUACAGUCUAUGGAUGCGAGAAUUUGAAGUUGUUGCCCGAUCGAAUACACACACUCACCGCCCUUAGAGAUUUGCAGAUAUCUGGUCUUCCAAAUGUAGAGUCAUUUGCAGAAGGAGGUUUGCCUCCCAACCUACAAUCAUUUCGUAUCGGCAGUUGUGAGAAACUGAGGCCUUCGGUGGAGUACUGGGGUUUGCAACGACUUGUCUCCCUUCGAACAUUUGAGAUCUCGGGAAGCGAGAAUGUGUUGGAGACGGUGCUCAAGGAACAGCUGCUCCCUACCACUCUUCACACUCUCGAAAUCUAUGGAAUGAAAAGUCUGAAAUCUUUGGAGGGAAAGGGACUUCAACACCUCCCUUCUCUUCAAAAGCUCGAAAUUUACAAAUGUGAUAGUCUCGAAUCCCUGCCAAAAGAGGGUUUGCCGGCAUCGCUAUCUUAUCUGAGCAUCGACAUAUGUCCUUCUCUGAUGAAGAGGUGUCAGGAGAAGACGGGAGAAGAGUGGAGCAAGAUAGCUCACAUUCCUUGCAUCCGGUUAGGCGGCCAAGUCAUCAUUUGA